AUGGACAACGGUCAAGCGACUGCCCGUGCCUCGGAGGUUGGAUCGGACAACUGCAAUCCCACGGGCACCGGCCAAGUUCCAGAUCCGCGAAGUUGCGAUGCUUGUCGUACACGUAAGGUUCGCUGCAACAGAGAGGUACCUUGCUCUCACUGUCUACGCCUGAAGAUCGAAUGUACCCGUAUCGACACCAAGAUCAAAGAGAAACGCACACGUAUUCUUCUGACUCCUCAAUAUGAAAGAAAGAUAGACCAAAUAGACAGUAAGCUUAAUGGAGUGGUAGAACUGCUGAAAGGUUUCGACCUAGCUCGGCGAUCAAGUAGUGCCAGCCCUCAGACAUCGGAUGGCGCUUCUAUACACUCCAUGUCGUCGGCCCCCCGUUCUCAUGCAGCUGACCUUGAACCAUCCAAUGCAAUGGUGGUGGAAGGUGACUCUUCCAUGGCCGCACACUCGCUUUUUGCCACGCAAUUUUUGCAAAAGAUUGUGGGCCGUGACUGCGCUGAAAUGCGCGAGUCAUUGGACUCUCUUUCUCAUGUUGUAACUGGAUUACGGCAGCAGACUGUUGCGAGCGAGAUGUCGUACCCUCACGCGAGACCAAUCCAACGCCCCAAUCCGCCCCCGUGCAAGAUGCCUCCCUUUGAGAAAGCAGCUCCACUCAUUCAGAUGGCCAAGGCCCAACGACUUAUUGGGCACGGCUGGAUAUACGAGUUUCUGCCGUUUCAACGCUUCUCUGACAUGUGCAUGAACGUGUACUUUUGUGAAGAGUAUUCGGAAGCCGACUUUAUCAAUGUCAAUGCCGGGCUUUUCUCCCUCUUUUCCGACUUUGUGUUUCAUGGUCCGGCAGAGAAGAAAGAGGAAUACCUUGGCUAUGCUCGGGAGUGUCGCGAUAAUCUCGAGACCGCUUUAUCAAAUCUGCCUCUGCAUCUACCAGCGACUUCUAACACAAUCAUUGCCCUCGUUUUUGGUGCUUUUUAUGCAAUCGAUAUUGCAAAACCCUCAUUGGCUUGGUCAUUAUCAUCCAAAUCGUCAGAGCUGUGCCAGACUCUGGGAUAUCACCGCAUUGAAUCAAUGGUGAAUGACAAGAAAGACGACAUUGACUACAAAAAGUUUCUAUUCUGGAGCACUUAUUUUGUCGACAAAAGUCUUUCGCUUCGCCUCGGCAGGGCUUCGACAAUUCCUGACUGGGAUAUCACAUUGCCCCGACCAUCGAACUCUGAGCUCAAAAAUGACCCUCUGUCUGCUUACUUUGUCCUGUGGAUUGAAACCGCCCGGUGUCAAGGAAAUCUAUAUGAGAUGCUGUAUAGUCCAAACUCAAUUGUCCAGCCUCAUAAUGUACGGCAGUAUAGGGUCGAUGCUCUCGUAUCUGCUCUCCACGAACUAGACAGAGCAACACUAGAAACGAACAUGAAAUGGUUUGACCUGGCAAAGCAAGCUUCUGGUGAGACUUUGUUGGUAUUCUUCAAACUAUCAGACGAAAUUCUGCGCCUCUCAUUACUUACUAUGGUGUAUCGAGCUGCUCCACGAUCACUCGAUGCGCCUACGACUUUUAGCCCUAGCUGCAUUGAAGCUGCACGGGCUACGCUCGAUAAACAUUUGAGCUGCAUGUCACUCCUACAAGGCAACGAAAACUACUUUCCGAUAUACGUGCAUUGGACACUCUUGUUUGCUCCUUUUAUUCCCUUCAUUGUCAUCUUCUGUCAGGUGAUUGAGACCAGAGACCAAUUAGAUCUCGAGCGUCUUCAUACUUUUAUUGAAUCCAUCAAGUCGGAUCAUACCGUUUCCGAGUCCGCGACCAAGAUAAAUCGGCUUUUUCAGGCUCUAUAUGUCAUUGCACAUCGCUACGUGGACUUUCGUCCUGCCGAUCCGAAGGCGCACCAGACAGACGACGCAAUGAUGGAGACGUAUCUCGCAUCGAUGGGUUUUUCGACCACGGCGCCUCAGCAUGACGCGAGGCACCAGCGGGCAACGGAAGCAUUCGAAGAGACAGGCAAUAUUGCAGGGCAUGGCAGCACUGGUGGUGGAGACAUGUUUGCCAAUAACGCAGGAGGCGGGCAGAGAACAACGAAUCCGAUCAUGUGGCUCGGCAACGGAGCUCAGUUGGAGGAUUGGUUCUACCACAACCAAGCCAUGAUGGAUAUUCUCGAAUCAUCUAAUGAGCCUGGUAGUAUCGAUAGUUGA